AUGCCAUUCGCUAAUGGGGAGGGCAACAUGCUCCAUCUCAACCAAGAACAGUUUGACUUCAACCUUCAAUUUGAGAGUCUCUUUUUCUCGAUUAUUCCCUCCGUCUUGUUUAUUCCAUCAUCGCUAUGGCGAACUCUGGCACGGAUAGGCAAGCCCGUCGUGGUGAAUGCGCCCGUCUUGCAAUUCAUCAAAACAGGUGCCAUCGUAAUUUACGCUGGCUUGGAACUUACACUCCUUAUACUAGCCGCGGUCGGGUCCUUCCACAUUAGCCGCAUGUUUAUCGCUUCCUCCGUCCUGCAGCUUAUAUCGGCCCUUUUCAUGCUGACGGUAAGUGUCGUGGAUCACAGCCGCAGCCCUAGACCAUCGAUGCUGCUUAACAGCUACUUGUUUCUCACCCUUCUCCUCGAUAUCGCCCGAGCACGCACUCUGUUCCUGUCGUCGGACCACGGUUCCGAGCUCGUUUACAGCAGUAUAUUCUGUGCAUCGGUCGGGCUGAAGACCGCCAUCUUGUUACUAGAGGCCUGCCAAAAAGCGGAAUGGGUGACCUGGGAUGCAACGAAACACAGCCCCGAGGAGACGAGCGGAAUAUUUUCGCUGGGCGUCUUCUUCUGGCUGAAUAAGCUCUUCUUGGCUGGAUAUAAACAGACCUUCACAAUCGAAAGCCUCUACCCCCUCGACAGCACCUUCGACGCACAAGCCCUGCAUGAGAAAUUCGCGAAGAAAAUGGACUACACCAAGCUGAAGGGAGAUAAGUUCGGCCUUCUGAAGGUGCUAGUACGUACGUUGAGGGUGCAACUACUCCUGCCUAUUCCUCCGAGGGCGGCUUUGAUUGCGUUCUACAUCUGCCAACCUCUUUUCAUCGAGAGUCUCGUCACGUAUCUGUCUCAUUCGGAGCCAGAUCCAAAUGUGGGAUAUGGGUUAAUCGGCGCUGCCAUACUAAUCUACUCGGGGAUUGGAAUCUCGUAUGCCUUGUACUGGUACGGAUACCUGCUGUUCCGGCAUAUUUCACUGACUCACACGAUCGCUAGGUACUGCCACCACCGACUGCGGACGAUGGUCCGCUCCAUACUAGUCACUGAGACGUUUAAAGCCGCCACAAGUGUCCGGCUGGGAUCAGGCGAUGAUAGCGCUGCGCUGACACUCAUGAGCACCGACAUGGAGCGCAUCAGAAUGGGUCUCCGCUUCGUGCACGAGACGUGGGCGAGCAUGAUCCAGGCAGGUGUCGCCGCCUGGAUGCUCUAUCGGCAACUCGGUGUCGUGUUCGUGGCCCCCGUGGGCGUCGUGGUAGUUUGCUUUGUUGGCUUAGGGAUCCUGAUCAACUUCACCGGUGACUCGCAGCGAUCCUGGAUGUCCGGGGUCCAGAAACGGGUCGGGCUCACAGCCACCGUCAUCGCCAGCAUGAAAUCGCUCAAGAUAUCCGGUCUCGCUGGUCCCGUGGCUGAGUAUGUGCAGCAGCUGCGUGUCGAUGAGCUCACUGCUGGCGCCCGAUACCGCAGGAUCAUGAUCAUCGCCGCCCUCUUCGGAUUCAUGCCUCAGUUGAUCAGCCCUCCGCUGACCUUCGCUUUCGCCCAGAAUACGAUGAAUGCUUCGACCAUGUUUACCAGUCUUUCGUUCCUGACUCUUUUGGCUCAGCCGCUGUCGGAGCUAUUCCAGUCGAUCCCAGAGCUCGUUUCGGGCCUGGCCUGCUUGGGUCGGAUUCAGGCAUUUUUGGAAUUGGAGCCUCGUCAAGACUAUCGGCAGCCCCUGGUCGAAGCCCAGAGUUGCGGCGUGGAGAAGAGUUCAAAACAGCUUAACCUAACGCCUACGGAUUGCAUCGUCAUCCGAGACGCAAGCUUUGGAUGGAAAGCAGACAAGUUCGUCCUAAACAAUAUCAACACUCAAAUCCCCGCCUCGUCCCUGACGGUGGUCAUCGGUCCCGUCGGCUCAGGCAAAUCAACAUUCUGCAAGGCCCUUCUAGGCGAAAUUCCCUUCAGCCAAGGCAGCGUCGUGACGAGCACUUCCCCCCGGCACGUCGGUUUCUGCGAACAAACCGCCUUUCUCUGGAACGGUACGAUCAGAGAGAACAUCGUCGGAUUCACCCCCUUUGACCGCGAGCGGUAUGACCAAGUCAUUGACGCCACUUCCCUGCGCUUCGACCUCGCCACCCUAUCCCAGGGAGACCAGACGAAUAUCGGGUCGGAUGGUGUAGCGUUGUCGGGCGGGCAGAAGCAGCGUCUGUCUCUUGCGCGAGCACUCUAUCUACCUUCAGACCUUUUGAUCCUGGACGAUGUGUUCAGCGGGUUGGACGCUGAUACCGAGGAGCAAGUCUUUCGGCAGGUUUUUGGACCGGAUGGUCUCCUGCGACGACGGGGUUCGACGGUGGUUCUGUGCACACAUAGUGUCAGGCAUCUCCCGACUGCGGACUACAUCAUCGCGCUCGAAAGCGGCAGCGUUGCAGAGCAGGGCACCUUUGUCCAUUUGUCGACCCGUGCGGGUUAUGUUCAGCGUCUGGAGGUGGGACUAAAGCAGGAGGGCGAGAGUACUACUGUUGACGAUGAGCCUGGUCCUUGUCCCGAACACGAGGGCCAGACUGGGGCUGGCAAGAAACUUGAACCUGCGAUCACUGUUAACAGCACGCAACCAUCCACGCCAAUUGCCCCAGCGGUGGCUGCAGCCCGGCAGGUCUGUGACGCCACCGUCUAUAAGCUGUAUAUCAAAAGCAUGGGAUGGUUUGUGGCGGUUUGUAGUCUCUUCUUUGCGGCCCUCUGGGGUCUGUUCACCAAUUACCCAACCAUAUGGCUCACGUACUGGAGUGACGCCACCGAGUCCGUCCAUCCUGCGCACUCGAACUCCUACUACGCAGGUGUCUAUGCCCUCCUGCAGGUCUGCGCCAGCAUCGCCCUCCUCCUCCUGGGGAUAACGCUCUUCAUCGUCUCUGUGAAGAAAGCCGGCGCCAAUCUCCACCAGCAAGCCUUACGCACCCUGAUUCGUGCCCCACUCUCCUUCUUCACGAAUACCGACUCCGGGGUGGUCACAAACCUCUUCUCCCAGGAUCUCAACCUCAUCGACACCGAACUCCCCGAGGCUACCCUCAACACCCUCUUUUGCGUAUUUCAGUCGAUCGGCCAAGCAGUAGUGAUGCUGACCUCGUCCGUCUACCUGGCCAUCAGCUACCCGAUCCUGGGCGCCUUGCUCUACUUCGUGCAGAAAUACUACCUCCGCACGUCGCGGCAGCUGCGAUUGCUCGACCUGGAGGCCAAGAGUCCGCUCUACACGCAUUUCCUCGACACGCUCAAGGGGAUCGCCACGCUGCGCGCCUUUGGGUUCAUCCCGGAUGACAUACACAAGAACGCCCGUCUGGUGGACUCCAGCCAGCGCGCGGCGUAUCUCCUCCUCAUGAUCCAGGAGUGGCUGAACCUGGUCCUCAACCUCGUCGUGAUGGUCAUUGCGGCGGUCCUGACGACGCUGGCCGUCCGGCUGCAUUCGAACUCGGCCUUCGCCGGUGCAUCGGUGUAUUCGCUGAUGACCUUCAGCGAGAGCCUCUCCGGGAUCGUGAUCUACUACACCAGACUGGAGACCUCCAUCGGCGCGAUUGCGAGACUGAAAACCUUCAACGAGAUCGUCACGCCGGAGGACCAUGACGGUCCCGGGGAGGAGGACAUCGUCCCAGACACGAACUGGCCGGAUCGCGGGCUGGUCGAGUUGCGCGGUGUAUCCGCCCGGUACAAAUCCACCACCGUGUCUGAAUCCGACUCUGAGUCCGGCUCUAACUCCGCCGUCUCUGGCGCCAACAAGCCGCCCCUAGCCCUCAAGAACAUCACUCUAACCAUCCAUCCGGGGGAAAAGGUCGCUAUCUGCGGCCGCACCGGCAGCGGCAAAUCCAGCUUCCUCGCUCUCCUGCUGAAACUCCUCGAUCCGCUGCCCUCAACCGACAACAAUCAUGAGCAGGAACCUCCGGUCUUGAUCGACAACAUCCCGCUGCACCGCAUCCACCGCGCGACCCUCCGCCAACGCCUCAUCGCCGUCCCCCAGGACCCCGUCUUCCUGCCCGACGGCUCGUCCUUCCGCGCGAACCUCGACCCGACCAACACCGCGACCCCGGCGGAGUGUCAGCGGGUCCUCGAAGCGGUCCGGCUGUGGGGGUUCGUCCAGGAACGGGCGGAGGGGCUGCAUGCGCCCGUCACGGCGGGGACCUUGAGUGCCGGGCAGAGGCAGCUCUUCUCGCUGGGGCGGGCGGUGCUCCGUGCUAUGAUCCGCCUGCGUUCAACGUCUUCCUCCCCCAAGGAGGGGUCCGACAAUCAAGGUCAAGGGGGGGUCCUCCUCCUCGACGAAGUCAGCUCCAGCGUGGACCGGGAAACCGAGCGGAUGAUGCAGGAGAUCAUUCGGGCGGAGUUCAGACGCUACACGAUCAUCGCGGUGAGUCAUCGGCUGGAGAUGAUCAUGGAUUUCGAUCGGGUGGUGGUGAUGGAUCGCGGGGAGGUGGUGGAGGUUGGGAAUCCGGCGGCCCUGAAAGGGAGGGCUGGGAGUCGGUUUGGGGAGUUGGUGGCCGCUGCUGGUGCGUAG